AGGAAAGAAGAAGAAGAAGAGCGCGUGCGCGUUGUCACAGUCAGACUGAAAAUAUGGCAGACUCAAACUUAUUAAAAAAACAGGUUCCGUUGUAUUUAGUCGACGGACAGGUGAUUAAACAGGGCGCUGAAGCCCGUGUGUAUCGUAGUACAUUUUUGGGCAGGUCCGUUAUUAUAAAAGAGAGAUUCCCAAAGUUAUAUCGCCAUCCUUCACUCGACGAGAAACUGACAAGACGCAGAACCGCGCAGGAGGUGCGAUCAAUAUUACGCUGCAGGAGGGCAGGUAUCAACGCACCUGUUGUGUAUUUUGUUGACCACAACACCCAUUGCAUUUUUCUGGAAGAUAUCGUGCACUCUGUAUCUGUACGAGAUCACAUCGUAUCAGCUCAAGCAUCAGGACAAGACACAGAGCAUCUCCAAACUCUAGCUGACAAGAUCGGUCAAGUCCUGGCACAGAUGCAUGAUGAGGACGUUAUACACGGUGACCUGACAACCUCCAACAUGCUUCUGGCCGGUGGAGCUGAGCAAAAAAACAUCAAUCUGGUUAUGAUUGACUUUGGCUUGAGUUACAUAUCUGCCCUGCCUGAAGAUAAAGGCGUUGACUUGUAUGUGUUAGAGAAAGCUUUUCUCAGCACUCACCCUAACACAGAGACUUUAUUUGAGAGAUUGUUAAAAAGUUACAGCGCUUCAUCUAAAAAGGCCCCUGUGGUCAUGAAGAAACUGGAUGAGGUCCGGUUGAGAGGACGGAAGAGGUCUAUGAUCGGCUAACUCUGCAUCUCAUGUUUUGUCAACUGGUAUUUCAAAUCUAAAGUAUUAAAUGCAGUUUGAUUUUGGAAAAUAUGGACAUCAUCACUAAAGUAAAUUACAUUUAUAUAACACAGGUGCAUUCUUUGUAGCACACUUAUCAGAACAAAAUAAAUUAUUUAAAUUUA